AUGAUUCCAAUUUACGAUCCCAAAGUCUACGUACCACUCAAGGGUUCGUCUAUGGCAGCCAAGUAUAUGUAUCGUCCCAGAGAUCCUAACAAGAUCAUGACCAGAUUCGAUCCGAAGUUAAAGCUUUCUGAUUCUAAAAUUUGGUUCAUAUAUAAUGAGAUCCACAGUUUACCUCUAAAAGAAGUCGGAAAACAAAUAUUCUUUCGGCUGGUUACCAACCGGAUUCACGAUCAAGACAUGGCGAAACGUAUUAACCAUUUUGCUACCGAAGACGAAAAUCAAUCUUGGGAGGAUAAGAGACGAAUGAAUAAUCAGCGAUUCCAUGAAAUCAUUACGAUUGCAGAGAGUUUAGAGCUAAGCACUCGUCAUACUACAACCCCUUUCUAUGCAUCAGUUGCUUUAAUGCAUCUAUCUUGGUUUGAUGAAAUCGGAUGGGAGUGGAUGUUUCCAACAGAUCCUGGAUGUAUGGAUGUGUCUCAUGUGAACAGUCACAAUUUUCUUCCUACACCAGAGCAUGAAGCUGAACAGGAAGCUAUGGGGGAUGAUCCAGAGUCUGUUCUUACCCUUCCCGCAAAUCGAAAACGUUGA